AUGUCCGACGUCAACGACCAGCCCGUCCUCGCUCGUCGUCGUCGUCACUCGGGCAACAUCCUCCCUCCGCCCACCAGCGUCGUCGAGAGGUUCAUGGCAUCUGCAUCCGACGUGCCCACCCGCCCCAAGUCCACCCCGCCCCACGAGCGGCGGCGGCGGCGUAGGCACGAAGACGACAACGACAACGGCGGUGACAACGGCGGCGACGACGACGACGCUGUUGUAACGUCGGAGUCGGAAAAGGAGGCCAUGCAAAUUGACGGUGCCGCUGACGGCGACGCCCGGGGCCCUCCGCCCGACGCGUCUUCCGUUCACACCAACAUCCUCUCUCCCGCCAAAAGCAAUCUCGUGCAGCCCGAACGCCCUACAAAGCCUCUUCCGACGUCCAAGGCCCGCAAGAUCAUGAACAACGGCUCGCACUAUCCUUUCCCCACACCCGCGAACCCGCACAUGCUGCCCGUCCAGGCGCAUGUACCCAGGGGCGGCGCCGCGUCCAGCCAGCGGAGGCUCUUUGUUGUCUUGGAGCAGGCGUGCUUGGAAGCAUACCGCGUCAGCAGUGGAGGAAAGGGAAAAGGUGGAAGGGAAGGCGACGUCAAGUAUGCCCUUUUGAACUGCGACGAUCAUCAGGGCAUUCUUGCCAAGACUGGGAGGGACAUUGCGGAUGCACGCCCGGAUAUCACUCAUCAGUGCCUGUUGACGCUGCUAGACUCGCCUCUGAACAAGGCCGGUCUUCUGCAGGUCUACAUCCACACCGCAAAAGGCGUUCUUAUUGAGGUCAAUCCUCAUGUGCGCAUCCCACGAACGUUUAAGCGAUUCAGUGGGUUGAUGGUCCAACUACUGCACAAGAUGUCGAUUCGAGGCGUCAAUGGGCCGGAGAAGCUCUUGAAGGUCAUCAAGAACCCAGUCACUGAUCAUCUACCGGUGAACACAAUUAAAUUGACGCUGUCUGGUGAUUCUCCAACGAUACGAUUGUCCAAGUACCUACCGACACUGCCCGAGACACAUUCAAUUGCUGUCUUUGUGGGCGCUAUGGCGCGAGGGAAGGACGACUUCGCGGACGGCAUCGUGGACGAAAAGAUCGGUAUCAGCAACUAUCCACUCAGCGCAUCCGUCGCGUGUGGCAAGUUCUGCUGUGCCCUCGAGGAGCUAUGGGACAUUGUUUGA